GGGCGGAGGGAGUCGGCGCAAGAUGGCGGCGGGAGGGGCUCAGGCUGCAGCUCUGGCCACCGAGUGAGGGGCGGGGGGUCCGGGGGCGCGCGGCCCGAGACCCCCCCGGCCGCCCUCCUCCUUCCUGUUCCUGUGGCUGGGGGGGGUGUCCCCUCUCUCCACAACAUGGAGCCGUCUCCUCUGUCGCCCAGUAGGCCGGCCCUGCCCCUGCCUCUGUCGCUGGCUCCACCCCCACUGCCCCUGCCAGCGGCUGCCGUGGUCCAUGUGUCCUUCCCUGAGGUGACCAGUGCCCUCCUGGAGUCUCUUAACCAGCAGCGGCUGCAGGGCCAGCUCUGUGACGUGUCCAUCCGGGUGCAAGGCCGGGAGUUUCGGGCCCAUCGGGCCGUCCUGGCCGCCUCCUCUCCUUACUUCCAUGACCAGGUCCUACUCAAGGGCAUGACCUCCAUCUCGCUGCCCAGCGUCAUGGACCCCGGAGCCUUCGAGACCGUCCUGGCCUCUGCUUACACUGGCCGCCUCAGCAUGGCUGCCGCCGACAUUGUCAACUUCCUCACCGUGGGCUCCGUGCUCCAGAUGUGGCACAUUGUGGACAAGUGCACUGAACUCCUUCGGGAGGGACGGGCCUCAGCCACCACUACGGUCACUACUGCUGCAGCCCCCUCUGUCACCGUUCCCGGUGCCGGGGUCCCCUCAGGGAGUGGGGCCACUGUGGCCCCUGCCACCAUGGGCUCCUCGCGCCCCCAUACCUCCAGCCGGGCCAGUGAGAAUCAGUCACCCAGCAGCAGCAACUACUUCAGUCCCCGGGAGCCCACUGAUUUCUCCUCUUCCUCCCAAGAGGCAUUUGCGGCCUCUGCCGUGGGCAGUGGGGAGCGGCGCGGAGGCCCUGCGUUCCCGGCCCCUGUGGUGGGCAGCGGGGGUGCCACGUCGGGGAAGCUGCUGCUGGAGGCAGACGAGCUGUGCGACGACGGCGGCGACGGGCGGGGGGCGGUGGUCCCCGGGGCCGGGCUCCGGCGGCCCCCUUACACACCGGCUAGUAUCAUGCCACAGAGACACUGGGUGUACGUGAAGCGGGGCGGAAACUGCCCUGCCCCGGCGCCCCUGGUUCCCCAAGAUCCAGAUCUGGAGGAGGAAGAGGAGGAAGAGGAAGACCUGGUGUUGACCUGCGAGGACGAUGAAGACGAAGAGCUGGGGGGUGGCUCUGGGGUUCCCGCGGGGGAAAGGCCCGAGGCUACGCUCAGUAUUAGUGACGUCCGGUCCCUGACGGAGCCCCUGGACAAGGGGGAGGAGCAGGUCAAUUUCUGUGAGUCCUCCAAUGACUUCGGCCCCUGCGAGGGUGGGGGUUCCGGGGCGGGGCUCGAUGACUCAGGGGGACCCACCCCUUCUUCCUACGCCCCCACCCACCCUCCACGACCUCUCCUCCCUGUGGACGUGCAGGGCAGCCAGAUCCUGGUCUUCCCAUCCCCUUCAUCCUCUUCCUCCUCCUCCCAGGCUCCGGGCCAGCCACCCGGGAGCCAAGCUGAGCACGGGGACGUGACCCUGGGGGGGACCUCGGCGGGGGGCGUGGCCGCUCCCGGAGGCGCCGGUGGGACCCCCGGCGGGGCGGCCGGUGGGGACGGGAAUAAGAUCUUCCUGUGCCACUGCGGGAAGGCCUUCUCCCACAAGAGCAUGCGCGAUCGGCACGUGAACAUGCACCUCAACCUGCGGCCCUUCGACUGCCCAGUAUGCAACAAGAAAUUCAAGAUGAAGCACCACUUGACGGAGCAUAUGAAGACGCACACCGGUCUCAAGCCCUACGAGUGCAGCGUCUGCGCCAAGAAGUUCAUGUGGCGAGACAGCUUCAUGCGGCACCGGGGACACUGCGAGCGCCGGCACCGCAUGGGAGGGGGCGGGGCCGGCCCGGGACCCGGCCCUGGGCCCAGCCCCGGGGCGCCAAGCGGAUCCUCCCUGAAACCCAAGAGAGAGUCCUCUGGAGGGGGCGGAGGGAGCGGCGACGAGCAGAAUGGGGCCACACCCCCGUCGAGUAGACGCGUCUGGUCCCCGCCCGGCGUCGUCCACAAGGUGGAGAUGGAGUUCAGCGGCGGCGGAGGCGCGAACUGAAGGGGCUGGCAACUGUGGUUGCUUUCGGGGCACGAUCCAGGGACUCUGGUCCCCGAGUGCUCCCACCACGCCGUCUUCCUUUAUCUCUCUUGACUUGUACAUAUGUUGGAGAAGGAACCAUUUUGCACUCUCGCCAGCCCCUUCCUCCCGGGAUGUCCCGGAGCUAGGUUUUUCCUUCCCCCAGGGGCGCAUCCAGGCCCCAGCCGCGCAGUGGGUGGGGCAUCUGGGGCGAGGGGGUCGCGAGUGCCACGGAGUCGCGGGUCAGGGUGUUGUAGUCUGUGCCUGGAGUCUGUGUUCGUGUUGUGGGGACAGCCCGUGAACCCCACCAUUGUCCUAGGACCUAGCUCCCCCGCAGGAUGCGCCCCUCUCUCCAUACCGUCUCCCCCAUACACCUCCCACGGGACCCCCAACUUGGUUCUCACGACGGAGUGCGUGGAGACAAGGAGUAAGUCGUAGCACAGGUUUUCAUUAUUUUUAACGGUGAUUAAAAUAUUUAUUGGUCGUUUCA